AAAAUCAUAUUGAAGACGAAUCUAGUCAAAUAAUCAAAUAAUAUUAAAUGUGUUUAUGCGUUAAUGAUAUAAUAUAGUUUUUAAAAAUAGUUAUUGUGUAAUUGUUUAUUGUUAUUUGUUGUGACACGUGCUAUUUAUUGAGUUUUUUAAGUUAAAAAAGAGGAUAUGGAUUCGAAUGUUAAUAAGACUAAUAAUAUACAGGACGAAAUAAAUGAAACAAUGAGCUCUUUAGCAGAUGAUAGUACAUAUGCUAUAAAUGGUUUAUUAAGUACAUUCGCAAGUAUGCAAAGUGAAGAAGAUGAUCAAGACAAAUACGAUUAUGCUGACUCCCUUCAACACUAUAACUCGAACGAGGAUGAUCUAGGAAAUGCCGGUGUACCCUGUUCGAAGCGAAAACAACGAAGAUAUAGAACUACUUUUACCAACUACCAAUUAGAAGAACUAGAGAGAGCAUUUCAUAAGACUCAUUAUCCAGAUGUAUUUUUUCGGGAAGAGUUAGCAUUAAGAAUAGAUCUAACCGAAGCUAGAGUGCAAGUAUGGUUUCAGAAUAGAAGGGCUAAAUGGAGAAAACAGGAAAAGACUUUGAACAAAACGGCUCAUAUGCAAAAUCAAAAUGUCACUAUUCCCAUCAACGUACCAGCUUGUUCAACACCACUUGAAAGUCCUCUUCUCAACUUUACAAACAACGAACAAAACACUUCCAACGUAUUUUUAGGCCUUGAAUGGCCACUAACGUUUUCUAAUUCUUUAGGGUUAUCUUCUAAUAUGGAUCAACCUACAACGAGUGACCAAAACUGUUCCAUGGAGAAUCAACUUAACGAAACUAUGCUAAUAGCAGACCGUAUAACGAAUUCCAUACAAUCCAAUAUAAUGGAGGAAACUAUUCUGUUAGGGGAAGAUAUGGAAGACAGAAUUGAAGCGAAUCUAACACUUAUAUCUUCUACUGAUAACGAUAUUUCUAUUGAUCCUGAGUUACUGACAUUAAAACCAACCCGAAAUCAGCUAGAACAGGAUGAGCAAUGAAUAUAAUAAUUACUAUAUCUAUUUAUUUGUUAUCUUUUAUAAUAAUUACAAAUAUAAACGAGUAUUACCUUAUUAAAUAUUUUAUUUUAAACCUUAGUUAUUAUAUUUAUACGUUCAUCGUUUGAAAAAAUGUUCCAGAUAAUUAAUAAUACUUCCAAUGCUUCUACUAACCUGUAAAACGGCAUUCAUUCUUCUAGA